AUGCCUGAGAUUGUUUACCUGCUGCUCUGUGUGGACGAUAUUGUUCUCACUGCCUCUUCCCAGCAGCUCCUCCGCCGGGUCAUUGAUGCUCUGAUGAAGGAAUUCGCCAUGAAAGAUCUUGGCCCUCUCCAUCACUUUCUUGGCAUGGCAGUUCAGCGACAAGGCGACUCCUUAUUCCUCUCCCAACGUCAGUAUGCUCUGGACAUUCUGGCCCGCCAUGGCAUGAGUGGUUGCAAACCUUGUUCCACUCCGGUGGAUACAUGUGCCAAAGUAUCUGCUGAUGAAGGUUCUCCUCUUGCUGAUCCUACAGACUACCGUAGCCUUGUAGGCGCGCUUCAGUACUUGACAUUCACCAGGCCUGACAUUGCUUAUACAGUCCAGCAAGCGUGUCUCUACAUGCACAGCCCUCGGGAGAUUCACCUUGUUGCUGCCAAAAGGAUCCUUCGUUAUCUCCAGGGUACUGUUGACCAUGGCCUCAUCAUCCCUCGGACUUCUUCAUCACAGCUGGUUGUUUAUACUGAUGCUGACUGGGCUGGCUGCCCAGACACACGCCGCUCCACCUCUGGUUACGCCGUAUUCCUUGGUGGCAGCCUCGUCUCCUGGUCCUCCAAACGGCAGCCCACCGUCUCCCGUUCAAGCGCGGAGGCUGAAUACCGGGCUGUCGCCAACGGCGUUGCUGAGGCUACUUGGCUGCGGCAACUUCUCCAGGAACUACAUCAGCCCCUUACCUCCACCUGCCUAGUCUACUGUGACAACGUCAAUGCGGUUGACCUCUCCACCAACCCCGUUCAACAUCAGCGCACCAAGCAUGUGGAGAUCGACCUUCACUUCGUCCGUGAACGUGUUGCCAUUGGUGCUGUCCGCGUGCUACAUGUUCCAACCACUUCCCAGUUCGCUGAUGUUUUCACCAAGGGUCUACCCACUUCGGUGUUUCAAGAUUUUCGCUCCAGUCUGAAUGUCCACAGCUGCGACGUUCCGACUGUGGGGGGGUGUUAG